GAGGGGGAGGGGGGAAGAGGAGGAAGAUGAGGCAGUGAGAUGUGGUAAGAGAGAGGGAGAAAGACGGAGAGAGGGAGGAGGGGAGAGAGGAGGGUGGGGAGAGGAGGGCAGAGGGGGGCAGGUUGGGUAGAGCUUCAGGUUGAAUUCUGUGAUGAGAGUUGGCUGGGCCUCCUCGCUCGCUACACCUCGCUCUCCUCCCAGUACUCCAGCGCUCCCUCAGCCCUUCAGCACCCCUUCAGCACGCCCUCCUCCAAGCCUCAGCACCCCAACCACCAGGACCACGUGCCGGGGACCCCACGAAGAAGGGAAAUUUAAAGUCAUCCCGUCGUCAGUUCCCGACGGGCUGGCGAAGGUGUUUGAGUGAUAAGUGAUUCAAGGUGUGAUGAGGUGACGCACGGGUGGAAGGAAGGAAGGAAAGGAGGAGGGGUUAGGCUCUCCGUCAGGUGGUUCAUUAGUGUUACCUGCCCUUCCCUCACACCUUUACCUGAGACUGAGGGCCUCCAAGAACAAGCAAAGGAGGCCGCAGAAACAGACGAAAGAGAAGGUCCAGUCAAGCGGUGAUGGCUCGGAGGGGCGACGUGUGCUGUAUGAUAAUCCGGUGCUGCGUCUUGCUCUGCUGCUGCCCCCUCCGCCACGGCCUCGGCACCCCCACACACACCUCCUCGACCUGCCUUCACCACCCGUCCCCCGCUGACAUCCUACAGGAGACGGUGCAGGAGGAGGAUCAUGAGUACGACGUGAAGCUCCUGCCGGCGGAUCGUCAGGUGUCGGCGUUCCUGCAGUAUGACCAGACCCAAAGGUUGGUGUUCCCCCUGGCGGAGUGUGGCCCCAUCACCAUCACUGUUACUCCCUGCGACUUCCCUCUGUCGUGGACGUUGACGCUGCGCCCCCACCGCUGCCGCGAGGAGAGGACGCCGCCGCCGCCGCGGGGCAAAAAGAUAAGAGCCAUCGUUAGCUCAGUGGGUGGGCGCGGCGCCUUCCACCACCGCCACCGCCACAACACAAUAACAAAUGUCUCUUAUAACUCCACUAAGCUGCUGCGACGCGACGGGCGGAACGAAUUUUCCUCUUUCAGAAUCUGGCAGCAGGCGGCAAGCAGACCCAAUGACACCACAGUCCCUGCGGGAAGGCUAGGCGUGGGGGCUGCAGCGCGGGAGGAGGCGGUGGAGGAGGGGCAGACGCAGGCGGCGGUGGUGGAGGAGCAGUACGAGGGGCACGAGCCGAGGCAGUUCAUGCGGCGGGAGGCGCCCGCCGGCCUAUACGUGCUGCAGCUGCACGCCGGGCGGGGCGCCACACACGUCCACAUCCUCGUCACCUGCCUCUGGACGCCGCCGUCCACCACCGCGCUCGUCACCGCCACGCCCGCCGCUCACGGACGGGCCAUCACCCUCCACUGGCCCGGCGGCAGGAGCAGCGGCAGCGGAGGCUACUGCUUGGCGGUGAGCGAAGGCCGCCCCUUCCCGUCCCUCUGCGCUGCCCGCGCCGCCCUCUCCCACGCCCGCCACGCCGAGAAGUGGCCGCGGGCCAUCCUGGGCUGCACCGACAAGCCGUGGUAUGAGUUGCCACACGCGCCGCGCCGAGCCCUGCACGUGGCAGUGUGGGAGGUGGGUCACGCGGGGCCGCCCCUCGGCACGGGGCUGGUGCCCGCCAUGCGUAGCAGGAGGAUACCCCGCCUCAGGCCCGGCGCCCUCAUGAGGCUGACGCCGUCGACGGUGGGCACGGCUGUGGCAAGGUUUCGUGUGCGUCGAAGAGGCAAACGGCUGCACGUGAUCGCCGUGGCGUGCGGGGCUAAGCUUAGACUGAAGGUGAUGGCGCCCCACGGAGAGCGGCUGGCCAGCGCCACGGGGAACCUGGGCGCCUUGCACUUAGCGGUGAAGAAACGUCAGACUCUGCCCAAGGUGCUCGUGAUGCGUCUCAUCACCUGGCCCACGGGGGCGGCGAGCGAGGUAAUCCUGACCGCCUCUUACUCCGCCCGCGCUCUUUCGCUCCCACGUCUUCCGCGCAACGCCCGCGUCAGGCUGAGGGGCAUCACCUGCACUUCCGCUACCCUGAGAUGGUCGGCGGCGCGAGGCUCCCACGCCUACUGCCUGCUGGUGAAGGAGGACAGGAGCGGCAAGACGUGGCGCACACGGCCGCCGCGACAGUGUGGCUGGGAGGCGGCGCUCAAAGAGACGAACUUCGCCGCCAAGUGGUGCAGCGAGCCUACCACGGCGGGCCGCCAAGAGAGGACGCUGCACGCCCUGGCGCCCGGCACCACUUACAUCGCCACCGUGCUGUCCCGCCACCCAACCACAGGCCGCGCCCUCUCCUUCACGCCUGCCCGCUUCACUACACUUUCCCCUUGCCCCUCCGCCGCCAACACCACCACAAGCCCCGCCGCCUCCACCACUCCAUGAGCCCACACCCUCACAACACCUCCCUUGACACCUCCGUCAUCGACUCGCCAUCAUUACGCCGUCCACGCGAGUGACAUCGCCACACGCAACCGCCACCAAACUCAACCGACCAUCAUCGUCUCUUCACACCGUCACGUCGCCCGCCAGAUUCUCCCCUCGCCUCUCAUCAUCACCAGGAAGCAGACACUUAAUAAAAGUAUAUUUUCUCUUUAA